AUGUCCACCAAAGCAUUUGUCAGCUUUGCUUCUGCAGCAAGCGGUAUCGCUAUUGUUGUCGCCAUCACUGCGGCAGGCGUGCUGCUGAGCGAUAUUAACAACUUCUAUGAGGAUGCGAUUAGCAAUCUGGACGAGUUCAAGGAGUUUGCCGAUGACGCCUGGAAUACAAUGAUCUUAAGUUCUAAAGCCGAUCGAAUCGAUUCCGUGAACGUGAUAUUUGGCAGAAACAAAAGGGCAGCAGGCGGCAGCUGUGGAUGUGGGGCUCAACCAAACGACUGUCCAGUUGGACCCCCUGGGCCUGCCGGUCAACCAGGAAACCCAGGUGAUGACGGUACUCCUGGAGAGCCAGGUCCAAACGGCCAUAAUGGCAUUGGUAUGACAAGCAAAGGUAGCGACCCAGUCAGCUGCAUCAAGUGUCCAGCUGGAACUCCUGGACCACAAGGACCCGACGGGCCACAAGGAGAGGCAGGAGCCGAAGGCGGUUCUGGAGCUCCGGGAGCACCUGGAGCUAACGGACAAGAAGGUCCCGACGGCGAGCCAGGAGAUGCUGGAUCUAACGGAGAGGCUGGUUCACCAGGACCUGCGGGAGCACCUGGGUCCAACGGAACUAAAGGACGGGGACUUCCUGGCCCAGGUGGCGCUCCCGGACCAGCCGGAGAAGCUGGACAGCCUGGCGCUGCCGGAGAAAAUGGCAAAGAUGGAAACCCUGGAGCAGAAGGUCCAGCUGGUCAACCCGGUACUCCCGGUGCUAAGGGAAAGGAUGGCACUCCAGGAGGUCCUGGAACGGCUGGACUACCUGGUCAGGAUGCAGCAUAUUGCCCUUGCCCGCCGAGGUCCACCAAUAUAUUCGUCGAAUCAGAUGCACCGAAAACGGACAACAAACCAAAAGAAGGAUACAACUGA